AUGCCACAUUAUACAUACUGGUCUGUGUUCCAAUUUGGUCUUCCUCUGCUUCUACCAUCCACCUACUCGGCAACCCCAUCAGACAUCAAGGCUGACAACAUCAUGUUCAGCAUCGCCGAUGAUCCGGUCUCAGCGACUUUGAAGAGCGGGAGCUUCGAUCCCCUUGCGGCCUUGCCCGAGGAAGGAACUAGAUGGAAAAUCUACGUCUCCCUGGAACUCAGAAUGCCCAGGGAAUGGGGCGCUCCGGUCCUCUGCGACUUUGGCUCAGCGGUUUCCGGUGGCAUAGAUCACUCGGAAGACAUUCAACCUAAUAUAUAUCGCUCACCGGAGGUGAUUUUGGAAGUCCCCUGGACGUACAGCAUCGAUAUAUGGAACAUUUGGGACAUCUUCGAAGGCGAGUCCUUAUUCACUGGCCAUGACCCGGAACUCCAGACAUACCGAAGUCGAGCUCACCUCGCUGAGAUGAUCAGUCUUCUGGGGCACCGGCCGCUCAGUCUUCUUGCUCAAGGGAAAUCGAGCCACAAAUUCUUUUCCGUUAAGGGCGACUUUUGCGCUGGGAUUGCAUUACAAGAGCGGAUUAUGCUUGAGGAGAGGGAAACUACUCUCGAGGGUUUUCUACGCUUUAUGCGGAAGAUGUUGCAGUGGGAGCCGGGGAAGCGUAGCUCCGCUAAGGAACUAGAAGAGGACGAGUGGAUUCGUAAGAAUACAUGA